UCUAUAUGCAGCGCUCAGUCCGUCUCUGGUUGUCAGUCUCCAGCCCCUUGCCUUACCGGUCACCAUGGCUCCUGGAUGGUUGCAGGUUGUGUGUUUGCUGCUCCUCGGCAUGAGGGCAGCCCAUGGAACCAUCGAGAUGCAGAACGCCGCAGCUAUGGCUGCAGGCCUGUGCAACACUCGCCCGACUGACCUGGUGUUCAUCGUGGACAGCUCCCGUAGUGUGCGCCCCUCGGAGUUCGAGCAGGUCAAGGUCUUCCUGGCCAAAGUCAUCGAGGGACUGGAUGUAGGGCCCGAUGCCACGCGGGUGGGAGUGGUCAACUAUGCCAGUCGGGUGAAGAGUGAGAUCUCCCUCAAGGCCCACCGUGCCAAGGCUGGCCUGACCAAGGCCGUCAGCAAGAUCGAGCCUCUUUCCACCGGCACCAUGACCGGCCUGGCCAUCCAGUUUGCCCUUAAUGUGGCCUUCAGUGAGGCGGAGGGAGCACGUGUGAAGAGCCCUGGAGUCAGCAAGGUGGCCAUCAUUGUGACAGAUGGACGGCCACAGGAUAAUGUCCGUGAGGUGGCCGUACGAGCACGUGAUGCAGGGAUUGAGAUCUUUGCCAUCGGUGUGGGUCGUGUGGACAUGAACACCCUGAAGCAGAUGGCCAGCGAGCCUCUGGAAGAGCACACUGACUACGUGGAGAGCUACAGCCUCAUUGAGAAACUCACCAAGAAGUUCCAGGAAGCCUUCUGCGUCUCAGACCUGUGUGCAACUGGUGAUCAUGACUGCGAGCAGGUGUGCAUCAGUGCACCUGGAUCAUUCAAAUGCGCCUGCCGCGAGGGCCAGACCCUAAUGGAGGAUGGGAGAUCCUGCAGCGCCUGCAGUAAUGCCGCGACUGAUGUGGUGUUCCUGAUCGACGGCUCUAAGAGCGUGCGGCCAGAGAAUUUUGAGCUGGUGAAGAAAUGGAUCAACCAGAUCGUGGACAAGUUGGACGUAGCUGAGACCCGCGCCCACGUGGGGUUGGUGCAGUACUCCAGCACCGUCAGGCAGGAGUUCCCUCUGGGCCGCUACACCAACAAGAAGGACCUGAAAGAGGCUGUCAGGAAGAUGGCCUACAUGGAGCGUGGAACUAUGACUGGACAGGCCCUGCGCUUCCUGCUGGACAACAGCUUCACCGGCACCCAGGGAGCCCGUCCUGGUGUUGCCAAAGUGGGCAUCGUCUUCACUGACGGACGCUCUCAAGACUACAUCGGAGAUGCUGCAAAGAAGGCUAAAGAGAACGGGUUUAAGAUGUAUGCCGUGGGUGUGGGCAAUGCAGUGGAGGAUGAGCUGAGGGAGAUCGCCUCAGAGCCCAUCGCUGACCACUACUUCUACACGGCCGACUUCAAAGCCAUGACGCAAAUAUCCAAGAAGCUGCAAAUCAACGUUUGCCAGGAGGAGGACCCCUGUGAAUGUGACUCCAUCGUUAAGUUCCAGAAAAAAGUAGAAGAUGCUUUACAGGCAUUAACAAAAAAAUUGGAGAGCGUGACAAAGAGGAUCUCUGCAUUGGAGAACAAGAUCGUCUGAGGAGACCUCACUCAAGACUUGCCCCCCUUUGAGGGCCUGUAAACCCAGUGCAGGAGCCUUACAGAACUGACCCCCCCCCAUCCACCCAUCCACCCAUCCACCCUCUCACGCUUCUCUUAUUCCAUGUAGCCCCUCCCUCCCAUCACACAUCUCCUUGGAGAUAGAGCACUGAUUGCCAUAGGGACCCUGACAGACCCCAUCCUCUGGUCUGUAGGUGUGUGUGUGUGCACACUGGAUUUCCUUCUCUUGCUAGGCAGAUGUGUGUGCAGAAGAGAGUCCUGCCCCACUGGCACCCGACCCCACAGAGAUCUCCCCCCCCCCCCCCACAGGUACAUGGGCCCCAGCCUGCGUGGGUACAGGCACCUCCUCCCUGGGCAGCCCGAGUGCUGGUGAAAGGGUCCGCCCCAGAGGGAGACCGGGACCAGUGGAGGUGCAGCAUAAUCUACGCCUCUCCAUCUCUCUCCCCCCCCUCAUCUCCACACCCCCUUUCCAGCUUUUCAUCCAUUCCACUGCCAAAACGGAAAGUUAUAUUAUUAUUUUAUAUGAAAUAUAUAUAUAAAGGUAAUUUAAGACCGAAUACAAUAGAUGUGUGUGUGUUGUUUGUUUGGGGUUUGCAAUAAAACUCCG